AUGAUACUCCAAAUGCUUAUUAUAUUCAUUGUUUUUGCUCAUCAACUUCAACUAACACUUGUUGCCGUUGCUAAAAAAAACAAUGACUGUGGUUGGCUUUUUGACACAAUUGCAACUUUGUUGAAUGUGGUUGGAUCUUCUUGUAAGAGAAAAGAAAUGAUCCGAGAAAUUGAAGCUCAUAGACUUUCUCAAGCCUUAGAAAUGGGUGAACUUGAAACGGGAUCGGGGUUAAAUCAAGAACUUGAUUUGAAAAGACCCAGUGAUACUCGUUGGAGUUCUCAUUAUAAAACUCUUGUAAAUGUCAUCAACUUGUUUCCUACAAUCGUGAAGGUACUUGUGAUGAUCGGAAAACAUGGUUCAAAUGUGGAUGAUAAGGCAAAAGCUCAAGGCAUUGUGUACUCUUUAGAGUCAUUUGAUUUUGUUUUUAUGGCACAAUUGAUGUUUACUAUAUUUGGAUACACCAAUGAUUUGUGUCUUGCUUUGCAAAGGAAAGAUCAAGAUAUUGUUGGUGCUAUGAGACUUGUUUCUUCAACUAAACGAGUAUUACAAAAAAUGAGGGAAUGUGGAUGGGAGAGUCAUUUGAGAAAGGUCACUUCAUUUUGCAACAUACAUGACAUUGUUGUUCCGGAUAUGGAGGCUAAUUAUAUACCUCAAGGGAGAUCAAAGCGUUUGUUCAACAAGCAACAUAUCUUCACCAUUUUCGUGUUGAAGUGUUCAUAA